UAUUGAAAAGUUACCAGUAUUUAAAGACGAACUUUUUCUGAUUUGAUGCGUAAUUGUUAUUAAAUAUCAUAAGUUAAUCGUAAUCAAGAAAGCAAUUUAAAAAAGUGACUGGCGUUUUAUUAUUAAUAUUUGUUCUAUUCUCAAUUACCAAACAGUUUCCGAAGAUACUUUUAUUAUUUCCAAAAAUAAAUAAAUAUGUAUUCACGUAGAAUUAAAAACUGAUUCGUUUUUGUAGCAAUUCGGAACUUUCUUUUUUUCCUUCCUUAGCAAAAGUGAAAUAAAAAUUAUAAACAAAAAUUAUCGAAGAACUAGUUUAUAUUCAUUAUCAAACUUUGAAAUCGAAGAAAAGGAAAGAAGAUCAGCUACACCUGACAAAAUAUGAUGUGUCAUUAAUUCUUUUUCCUCGUCCAUUGAAAUGACGUUUUUGAAAUGUUGAUAUUUCGUUUGGAAAAAAAAUAUGCUGCACAGAAUGAAGUAUAUCAUAGCAAUUUGUGCUAUUUUGAGUUCUGCGUUGAUAGUUAUUUUUUCUGAACUGGAUUACUUUUAUCUGUUUUCUACGGAUCCACUAAAUGAUAUCUCAAUAUCUACAAAGAAACUAAUUGAGGACAUCAACAACUUCAGUCAAAAUUUUAAAGAGAGAUUUAGAAAAUUGAAAAGAUUCAUCAGUGAAAAUCGAAAUAAGGUGGAUAAUCUUGAUGUCUCUUACUAUCUGUUCACAUACAUGAACCCAAAGGAGCCAUAUCACCUGAAAACUACCCAAGAUUCUUGGAUCCAGAGUAAUCUUGAUCCAAAACAUCCAACGAUAUUCCUUAUACAUGGCUUUGAAACUGAAAUCAACAUACAAAAUGGUACUUAUACAAAGAUGAAGGAUAAUAUUCUUAAUAGAUCUGUCUACCGGAAUGUCUUCCUCAUGGAUUAUUCAAAGUAUUCUUCAGGUUUAUUCUCGGAAACGGCGAAAAUGAGUUUUUUAGUAUCUCAGAACUUAGCCAAUUUCAUUCACUUUCUUAUGAAAAAUGCCAGUAUGGCGGCUGAUCAGUUUCAUCUUGUGGGUGCAAGUCUAGGUGGAGAAGUGGCAGCAAACGCCGCAUCUCUUGUACCUGGUCUAGGAAGAUUAACAGGAUUAGAUCCAGCGGGACCGAUUUUUGAACUUCUGCCUUCAAAUUACCGAAUCAGUUCUGAUGAUGCCCAAUUUGUGGACAUUAUACAUACAAGCUCGAUUGCACCCUUUCCUAAAGGUAUUGGUAUUUCUUAUCCUGCUGGAGAUAUGGAUUUUUAUCCUAAUGGAGGACAGUAUCAGCCAGGUUGUGGAGAUUCUAAUAAAAUUUCAGGAACCAGGAACA